AUGCAAGGAUGGAAGGAAAAGUUGUUGUCUCAAGCAGGGAGGGAGGUUAUGAUUAAGGUAGUGGUUCAAUCUAUUCCAGUUUACUCGAUGAGUGUUUUCAAGCUUCCGAUGGGUCUCUGUAAAGAUAUUGAAGCCAUGAUUCGUAAGUUUUGGUGGGGCAAUGGUGAUGCGAAGAAAAUUCAGUGGGUUAAGUGGAGUUCUUUAUGCUCUUCAAAAUCAAUUGGAGGUAUGGGGUUUCGGGAUUUCCAAAAGUUUAAUAAUGCGUUGUUGGCUAAACAAGUAUGGCGCUUUCUUCAUCAUCGAGACUCCCUUCUUUUUAAAGUGUUUAGUGCUAAAUAUUUUCCGAAUGGGAAUAUUCUUGAGGCUUCAGUUCAUCCUAAAUGUUCUUAUGCUUGGCGGAGUAUUUUACAAGCUCGUGGGGUUAUUGAGAAAGGGGCAAUAUGGAGGGUUGGCAAUGGCCAAUUGAUUGAUGUGUGGCAUCAUAGGUGGCUGCCUGAUCUGAACCACAGUAAGAUCAUUUCUCCAAGAGCUAGUUCAUCGGGUUUGUGA